AUGUUGGACUCCGUGGCACACAGCACCUUCCUGCCCAGCACGUCUUUCUGCGACCCCUUGAUGUCAUGGACAGACCUGUUCAGCCAUGAGGAGUACUACCCAGCCUUUGAGCCCCAGACAGCCUGCGACGCAUCCUGGGCCUCGGUGCCCCCUGAGCACUGGACCCGGCGUCAUGUGUGGGAGUGGCUGCAGGCCUGCUGUGACCAGUACCGGCUGGACCCCAGCUGCCUGUCCCUGUGCCACCUCAACGUCAGCGGCCUGCAGCUGUGCAGCAUGACGCGGGAGGACUUCCUAGAGACGGCGGGCGUCUCCGGGGAGCAUCUGUACCUCAUUCUACAAAGCAUCCGCACGCAAGGUUACUCCUUUUUUAAUGACACGGAAGAGACCAAGGCCACCAUCAAAGACUACACUGAGCCCGGCUGCCUGCGAGCAAGCGUCACCAAGAGCCAGGCCUGUCCCAGCCACAGUCGAGCAAGCCUGCAGAGCUCCCACCUGUGGGAGUUCGUGCGCGACCUGCUCCUGUGCCCAGAGGAGAACGGCGGCGCCCUGGAGUGGGAGGACCGCCAGCAGGGCGUCUUCCGCGUGGUCAAGUCAGACGCGCUGGCCAGGAUGUGGGGGCGGCGCAAGAAGAACGACCGCAUGACCUACGAGAAGCUGAGCCGCGCCCUGAGAUACUACUACAAGACGGGAAUCCUGGAGCGGGUGGACCGCAGGCUCGUGUACAAGUUUGGGAGAAACGCGCAUGGCUGGCAGGAAGACAAGCCCUGA